GCUGUCAGUGAGUGUGCAGGUGGUGUUAAUUGUGCCCAGCGUUCAAAACGUGGAGCUGGGCUGUUUUGUCACAUCUAAUCUGGGUGUGUGAGUCGUGCACGUGUGGGUGGGUUUGAGGAUGUGUUUGACUUGUUGAGAAAUGGGUGAGGAGUGUGUAUGUGUGAAGGGGGGGUGGAGUGACUAUCGUGUGUGCCUGCCUCACUGAGCCCCUCUGGCAGGGAGGAGGAGAGCGGGAGCAAACAGAGAGACAGAGGAAAGGGUUAGAGCUCAUGUGAGUGUAGGGACAGCCUUUCAGAACAUCUCUGUGAAGCAGACCAGCGAUUUGUGAGGAAAGCUUUGAAACGGGUCACAGGGAAAUGCCACCUUUCCACCUUCUUUGGAGUUUCUGAAGCCUCUCAGGAUAGAUGUUGACGACCAAAAGGACUCAUCCCUUUAGCUCAGACUUUCUAAAAACCUAUAUUUUCCUUCUGUAGCUCCAGACGGUCGAAGGGUUGAAGCAAAAUGUUGGACUCGUAGCACAGGAGUGAAGAAACAGAGAUGAUGAGUUCUGGUUGUCUGAGCGCCUGAGAUCUUCUUCAGGUGGAAUCGCAGUUCUCUGCCCUCCACAAGUCAGCUUUCCAGCCAUGCUGUGUGGUUUGAGGAGAGACACCAAAAACAGCAUCGAUGAAGGACCAUACUCAAAGGGGGGCAAAGAGACAACUGACCAAUCACAUUCAUCCCAGAGGCGCAGCCUUUCAGCAGAGGAGUACCGAGGAGUGACCACGGUGGAGCUGAUGAAGAGGGAAGGCAGCAGCCUCGGCCUCACCAUCUCUGGAGGCUCAGAUAAGGACGGCAAGCCCAGGGUGUCAAACUUACGGCCAGGUGGGCUAGCUGCCAGAAGUGACCAGCUGAAUGUAGGGGACUACAUAAAGUCUGUGAAUGGCAUCAACCUGUCAAAGCUCCGGCACGACGAGAUCAUCAGCUUGCUGAAGAACAUUGGGGAACGCGUUGUGCUGGAAGUGGAGUACGAGCUGCCUUCCUGUGUCCAGGCACCUUCAGGAGUCGUAACCAAAACCAUUGAGGUCUGUUUACACAAGGAGGGGAACAGCUUUGGGUUUGUCAUGAGGGGGGGCUUCCACGAAGACUGGCGGAGGUCACGACCUUUGAUAGUUACCAGUGUCAGGCCUGGAGGUCCUGCUGACAGAGAGGGGACUUUAAAGGCAGGAGACCGAGUGUUGAGCAUAGACGGGAUGCCUUUGAACAGAGAGAGGCACGCUGAUGCUUUGACCAUGCUGAUGCAGAGCGGCCAGGAAGCUCUGUUCCUGAUUGAGUAUGACGUCUCUGUCAUGGAAGCGGUGCAGCAGGCCUCAGGCCCUCUGCUGGUGGAGAUAGUGAAGGGUUCCUCAGCCAGUCUGGGCAUCAGCCUCACCACAGCCAUAUACAAGAACAAACAAGUUAUUGUUAUUGACAAGAUAAAGCCAGCCAGUGUGGUGGAAAGGUGUGGAGCGCUGCAUGUGGGGGACAUCCUCCUUUCUAUAGAUGGAACUGGCACAGAGCACUGCUCCCUGAUGGAGGCAACACAGCUACUCGCCAAUACCUCUGAAGCUGUCAAACUCGAGAUUCUUCCCGCCCAUCAGAGCAGGCUUCCCAUUAGAGCACAAGAUGCAGUAAAAGUGCAAAAAAGCAGCCAUCACUGGGACCAAAGCAGCAACUACUGCCAUCCCCCACAUGCAAGCCACAGCAAGACAUGGAGCAGCCCAAGCCACCCACACAACCAGCAGGACCACUGCAAAUCUCUGGUGGGCGGUGGCUUCUCCCCUUCCUCCACAGCCACCUCAGGCUUCAGCAGCCAGGGGAGUAACACGCUGCCCUGCCCCAUCCCUCCAAUCACGCCCACCAGCCCUCGCAGCUCCACCGGCAAGAGGAGGAACAGGAAGAAGGACCACAAAAGCUCAUUGUCGCUGGCGUCCAGUUCGGUGGGGCCAGGGGGUCAGAUUUAUCACGUGGAAACAAGCGAAGUGGUCCUGAAGGGGGAUCCGCUCACAGGUUUUGGGCUCCAGCUGCAGGGGGGAGUCUUUGCCACAGAAACGCUCUCCGCUCCCCCAGUCAUCCGUUUCAUUGAACCUGACAGUCCAGCCGAGAGAUGUGGUCUGCUGCAGGUAGGAGACAGGGUGUUGUCCAUCAAUGGCAUCCUGACUGAAGACGGUACUUUGGAGGAAGCUCAUCAGCUCCUCAGAGACUCCGCUCUGUCCAAUAAGGUCACAGUGGAGGUGGAGUUUGAUGUAGCAGAGUCGGUGGUUCCGAGCAGCGGCACCUUCCAUGUGAAACUCCCCAAACGGAGAGGAGUGGAGCUGGGCAUCACCAUCAACUCGAGUAAGAAACCUGGCAAACCUCUCAUCAUCUCUGACAUCAGAAAGGGAAGCAUAGCACACAGAACGGGCACUCUGGAGCCCGGAGACAGACUGCUGGCCAUCGACUCUGUGCGUCUGGAGAACUGCACCAUAGAUGACGCCAUGCACGUUCUACAGCAGGCCGAAGACAUGGUCAAACUGAGGAUCCAGAAGGACGAGGACAACAUUGAUGAGUUGGAGAUGUCGGGCUCCAUCAUUUACACUGUGGAGCUGAAGAGAUAUAACGGACCUCUGGGGAUCACGAUUUCUGGCACAGAGGAACCUUUUGACCCAAUUGUCAUUUCUGGCCUCACUAAAAAAGGUCUGGCUGAGAGGACCGGGGCCAUCCACAUAGGGGACCGAGUCCUGGCCAUCAAUGGGGUCAGCCUGAAAGGAAAGCCACUGAGUGAGGCCAUCCAUCUGCUGCAGAUGGCCGGAGAGUCCGUCACCCUGAAGAUCAAGAAGCAGGCUGACCAGUCUGAAAGACUGCAUCUCCCAGAGAGAGAAGCUGGGUUUUUAAGUGACCCUGAUGAUGAACUGACAGACUCCCAAAAGACCAGCAAAUUCUCCGAGAUUUACUCCGCCACUGUGCCCAGUAUUGACUCUGCCAUGAGCUCCUGGGAUAGCUCAGGGUUUGAUGCAGGCUACAUUAGCCAAGGGACAUAUCUUCACAAAGCUUCGGAUUUAUUGCUGAAUCCGCCUGAGUGGAGACGGCCAACGCCCAGGAAGCACACUACUUCCAGCUCUGCUGGCUUUGGCCACCGCACAGGCCUGUACGAUGGAAGAUUCACUGAAGACGAGUGGGACAAGAUACCUGGAUUUAUCAGCCCACCUCGUAGCCACGGCGCCUUCAACAAGGAAGACAGUUUCUGGUCCCAGACUCUGCAGGACCUGGAGACCUGUGGCCAGUCGGAGAUUCUCAGGGAGCUGGAGGCAUCCAUGACAGGCAGCACUUUAAGUCUGUACCUCGAAGAGACCAAGACCUGUGAAGAAGCCAUGUUUCACUCUGACAUUAGUCCCAUAAAGAGGGAGGGAAUCCAAGCUAAGAACAAAAGCAGCCUGAGCAUGCUGACCGGCGCCAGAGAGGUGUCGUCCAAAAGGGACCCUCCAGAGAUCGUGUCCCCCACAGCUUUGGCGCUUCAUAAGGUGACUGUACGGAAAGACCUGGACAGCCGAGACUUCGGCUUCAGCGUUUCGGAUGGACUUUUGGAAAAAGGAGUUUUUGUCAAUAUGAUCCGGCCAGACGGACCAGCUGACCAGGCGGGUCUGAAGCCUUUUGAUCGCAUUCUUCAGGUGAACCGCGUGAGGACCAGGGACUUGGACUGUUGUUUAACGGUGCCCCUCAUUAUGGAGGCCGGAGACUGCCUGGAUCUGGUCAUUAGCAGGAAUCCACUGGCAGCCGCAGACGUGGAGCUGCCUGGCGACUGUGACGACCCCUCAAACUUACUAUUCUGCUUUGCCAACAACAGGACCAACAGCAUUGCUCUGUGAAAAAAGCAGUUAGCCAUGUUGGACCUCUCACAGACUUGCACACUAAUGUUCUCGCACAGCAUAGAGGGAAACAAUCAGCCUGAAAGCAUCUUUCUGCCACAAAGUCACCAGUGCACGUGUUCAUUUGCCCCCUUUGUUGUUUUUAUUUAUAUAUUUAUUUAAUAGUCACUCGUGCUCACAUGACGCUGCUUGGUUGAGACUCAUCUGACACCCCCAGCCUCUCAUUUCCCCCACCAGAGGCAAAGGGACACAUACUGUUAUGUAACUGGGUUCAUAGGUAGUAUAGGGGGAGAACCACAUGCGGACCAAGCUUCAUUUUACAACAAGGGUGGAUUUUUUUUAUUUUUUUUAUUUUGCUAUAAUGUGAAGACUCACAAUGGUACACAAGGUGUUAAAGGCCCAUUUCACCCAUAUGAGUUUUUCUAGCCACAGUUUGGCUUUUUUUUAAAUUUACAUAGGACUGCAAGCCACUGAAAGCAGGAGAUGCUUUCUCAUGCAAAUCAAUGAUUGCUUUUGAAGCCAUAUCACAUUUCCAGAAUCAAUAAUGCCUUUCUGUUUUGCUUUCCAAAUCACAGCAGAGACUGCAUUGAAAAAAAUCUUUAUAUCUUAUUAUUUUUAGGUUCAUUCAAAGUUUUUUUUACUUUCUUCUCUUUAUUUUGACACAGAUUUUUUACUUGUAUCCCACACAGCCUUUUCACUUUAACAUACACAGAGCUCUUCUUAGGUGAUUUUUUUUUUCCAUUACUUUUCACUCUUCAAUGAUGUUUUGUUUUUUAAUUUCCGCACAAUGUUCUUCUCUACUUAUUUUUCUAAAUAAAUGUGGCCUGCUGAUCUGGAAACAUUGUGUAACUCGACAUGCUGGUUCAUUUAAAUAUGUUGUGAUAGAGAAGCUGUCCUGUUUCUGGCAGCCUCUGAUGAUUUCUGGGAACAGUGACGUUCUGACUUUAGAAUUGUCUUCUAUGUAGUAAAUGGUGGCCUAUUUUAAGGAAUUGUUUUAAUUUAUUGAAUUUCUUUUUAUUUUACAAAUGCAUUGUAGUGUGUAGGACCUUAUUAUUUACAGAGGAUGCACACAUGAUGUACAAUUUCCAUGUAAUGACUUUAAUGGUGCAUAUUUUUCAUAUUUUUUUAAUGUUUUAAAUUAAUUGAUACCCCUGAAUAUGUGUAUUUGGUUCUGAGAGACAUGAUUUACUUAAACAUUUAUUUUGGCUACUUCAUCCUUGUGUAAGAGAUGUUUUUAUUUUAAUAAAGACGUGUGUCACCAA